GACUUCACUUGCGUCACUUCUGCCUGCAACCCUCCUCCGCCGGGGGCGUUGACGGUGAAGAUAGACCCAGCGGAGCUUGCAAAGCGCUCUGCAGUGGAUGUGGCAGAGUUCAAGCUGAAAGAGCAGGAGGAGUCUGACCGCAAGGCUGCAGAGGCCUCCAAGAUCGAAGCAGCGAAGCGAGCUGCCGAGGUCAGGAAGCAGCAGGAGGAGUCUGAGCGAAUGCGCCGUGAGUCUGACGCCAAGCAAGCAGAGGAGGCUGAAAAGCUCCGCCGUGAGGCUGAUGCAAAGAAAGUUUCCGAGGAGCAAGAGCUUCAGAAAAAGCGAUCAGAGGUGAACGACUGGCUGAAGAAGCAGGGAUUCAAAGACAUCACCGUCCCAAAGAAGACCCGAUCCUGCCUGGUGACCAGUGUUCAGUAUCCACUGCACAAGGCGGCGGCUGAUGGCAAUGCUCGACUGGUGCAGCUUCUCUUGGAACUGAAUGCCGAUCCUAAGCUAAAGAAUAGCAAAGGGAAGACCGCCUUGGAGGUAGCUCGCAAGACAAAGAUGCCAACGUCCAAGGAGGUGGUGGCUCUGUUGGAAGGUGCGGCCAAGCGGACUUAA